GGGAACCCAGGCCCAGGGUCAGCACAGGAGGCAGGGGAGGCCAGCCCCUUGGAGGGCAGCCAGCAUUGCUUGGAGGGUCAGUCUGGGUGGCAGGAACAGAGGUUGACCCAGAAGGGCAAGAAGAGGGGCCGGGGAUGGCGACCUGGAGGGAGUGGGUCUGAGGACUCCUUGGAGGAGCUGGGCCUGGUGAUAGCAGGGGACCUGAGUGGAGAUCAGGAUCCCAGUGCACUGUACGCGGAACUCAGUGGGAACUGGGCCUUCGGGGCUACAAAGCCAAGAGGACUGCACCCCCAAACUGGGGUACAGUGGAUCUGCUGGAACACCAAGGAAGACAACAGCAGAGUCCCCGACUUAGUGGCACUACUGGCUGUGAGAGACAGGCCCGAGGAGGAACUGUGGACAGGACAUAUUGGGGAGUCGGUUGUGGUAAAAUCAGAGCCGAGAAAAGAGGAAGUAGACAGACAACCCAGAGUUCCUGGCCACUGCGGUGUACACCGACCCCUGGGACCCUGCGCCUUGGAGGACAGGUUAAAAACCCCUCGUGUGAUCGAAGUCGCUGAGUUGAACCGACAAGAAAGAAAAGAAAGAGGCCCUUCCCCAAAUUGUCAUUUAUGUGCAAGGACACAUCCGGAACCCGCGUGAAAUUGUGGAGGAGGGAGGCUUGGGGUGGACGACAGCCAGAGUCCUGAGGAAGUCAAGGGGACAGGAACCUUCUGGAAUGCAUUUGCACUUGGCUGAGUCAGAGAACCGCCCCAAGGAGAAGAAGUCUCCGGGUGGCCUCCGAUGACAGCGAAGAAGGCUCCCGGUGGCCUCCUGGACCUGGCUCAGGAGUGGAAGGAAACACGUGGGAGGGCGGGGCUCACAGAACCCACACAGGUGGCCAAGGUCAAUGCCCCGGCGCCCAUUCGGAGAAGAAAUCUGGUUGUGGGGCUUCUACCCAGAAGGAUGUGCCAGAAAGCAAGAGGGGCUCGAGGAGGCCAAGGGCCGGCAGCCCUGCUGGCCACAAGUCGACUGGUGGGAAGAAGACGCAUCUGGGGCGGGGAUGCUCCCCAAAAGCUGCUAGUGGGACCCACAGACGUCAGGACAGGGAGCUGACCUUGCCAUGCAGACCCAGCUGGCCACCGUGCAGACCCAGCUGCUCCUCUCUCCGUCUCCUUGCUGCGUCCCUCCCUCCCUUCCUGGCCUCUAGUGCACCUGACCUGGCCCCAGUACUACAUUGUUUACCCAGCUGCAUUCUCUAGGGCUGCCCUCACCCUGAUCCUGGACCUCGGCCUCCCCCCAUCCCACAAGGGUCCCCGCCUGCCUAGUCCCAGGCUCUGUCCCGGUCUCCACCCAAUGGUGUCUCUCCACGAAUCGCCCUCAGCCCCCUCCAGCUCUGCCCUCGUGGCAUCCCAGAGCCACCCACCCCAUCGGCCCUCACCCUGGUGCCCACCUGGGUCUUCACCCUGCAUUGUGCCCUCCAGCCCUCUAGGUCCAGUUCACACUUGUCCCCAAAGACCUCUAUCCAGGCUUUGCCCGGGGCCUCUGCUCUGGCCGUCAGCCUGAUAGGCCUUUACUCCCAUCUGAUUGCAGCCUCAUCUGACUCACGGUCAAGCACCGCAGCUACCUGGCUGCCAGAGGGCUCCUGGGAGAAGUCACAUCUGACCUCUGGUCAAGCCACUCCAUCUCCAAAUCCUCGAAAGACUUCUUCCUUUGUCCCCGCAGUUCAAAGCCCAAGAUCUUAUAACUAUCUGCUCUGUCCAACCGGGUAGCCAGACUUCCCUGCAGGGGCGUAAUUUGAACUUAACUGUAAUUAACUUUCCUCAAAUGUCACACUCCCAGGGAGGGUGCCCCGACCACCCUAUUAACAGUGCAACCUUUUCCGCAGCUCCUCGCUGGACCUUCAGAGUCGGGCUGCUCCCUGCGCACGGACUUGUUCUCAAUGGCACACCAGUGAUGCUUGUCAGGGAGUUUGAUAGAGAAUUGGUGACAGGGUACUGCUGUCAGCGGGUGCAACAAGGGCAAGGGCAGGUUGCCAGAGGUUAGUAACUGCGGCUAGAGGGGCCUAAGGGGAAUGCUGCCACUCUGCUGCCCAGGUCCCCUACACAGAGCCCAUCUGCUGAGGACAGUCCCAGGAGCUCGCAGCCCACCCCUGUGGCUCCCCCAUGGAGCAGCCUCCAGAUGGCGACCCCCUCCUCCUGCUUUCCACCCUCAGCGCCCCCUCCACACACAGCAGCCCCUGGCAAAGGGCCCUGGCAGUGGCUGUGGGGUCCUGCCCGCACCAGGGCAGGUGGGCAUGGAGGGGAGGGGCAGCAGAACCCCUCAGGUCCAGCUCCCCAGGUGGAAUGGGGUCUACCCUGUCCUUGUCUGUCCCAGCCCCAACGCUAUGUGUGGGAGGCCAACCUUAUGGAUGACUGAGUUACACUCCCCAGCUGGGUGCUGAGGCGCUCAGUCACAGAAAUGGGUUUGUCUUGCUACAGCCCCAUGGGUGGAGCUAUGCUCACCUGUUC